AUGAAAUGCGAGAAACAAAGUACAUCCCAGCUGAAAACCAAUAUGGCAAAGUUCCUUUUGGCUUACCGGAAUACACCGCAUUCGACGACUGGAGAAUCACCGUCCGUGUUGUUUUUGGGCAGACCGCUACGGACUCGCCUCGAUUUGGUGAAACCUGAUUUACAAAUGAAAGUGAUGAACAGGCAAAUCGAUCGAGCAUGGAGGAAAGGACAUUCCCCCACACGUCAGUUAUCCAUUGGUCAGACUGUCAUGGCACGUAAUUACAGUGGGAAAGACAAGUGGCUACCAGGCAUAGUUCGAGCUCAAACGGGACCCCUUUCAUACGAGAUAAAAGUUGGUCCAAAUCGAAUUUGGCGACGUCACAUCGACCAGCUUCGAGCCUCUAGUGUGAAAGUAAAUGACCAGAGUGAUGAUACGGCUGAACCUCAUCCAGAGCUCGGAGAGACUGAUCAGAAUAUUGCACCAGCAGAAGAAAUUGUCGCAGAGCCGGAUAUCGAACUAGCUACAAAUCCACCAGUAGUCCAACAAGAAGAAGCCGGUAGGGCUACAACAGGAUCUGGACAACGUUACCCAACUAGAUCACACCAACCACCCGAGAGGUGGGGUCUUAACUGUUUGAUCCGAAAACUGUUUAAGAAAACUACAUAGAGAACUGCUUUAUUACUUACUGUUAUGGUUAGCAUAAUUGUUCGAACACGAUAGUGAACUCAUGAACAAUAUUUUAUGAUACAUUCCUUAAGAGGAGAGAUGGUGUUAGAUAUAGAUAUAGACGGACAGCGGUCAUACGCACGGACAUGCGCAUGAGAUAGGCAGAUCGGCCAUGCUUAUGUAUGAUUCAUAUUUCUGUUAAAAGUAUAACCUAAAUACACGACAUUGCCGAUUACAGUUAACCUUCGUUCAUCUGUACCGGUGCUAUGCAUCUGUUUUUUGUGACGUGAACGGUUACCAGGUGUUGAAAACGAUCUUCCACAGACCUCGCAAGGAUAAGACAUGUUUACAGGUUCACAAUCAAAUGUAAAAUGAAUUCGAGGUUUGUGUACCGUUACAUAAAUAGUAUUAUAUGGUUAAACCAACAUAAAUAAUCCUAUGAUAUCCUAAGAUGCUGUAUGAUAUCCUAAGAUGCUGUAUGAUAUCCUAAGAUACUGAUAUCCUAAGAUACUGAUAUCCUAAGAUACUGUAUGAUAUCCUAAAAUGUUGUAUGAUAUCCUAAGAUACUGAUAUCCUAAGAUACUGUAUGAUAUCCUAAGAUACUGUAUGAUAUCCUAAGAUACUGUAUGAUAUCCUAAGAUACUGUAUGAUAUACUAAGAAACUGUAUGAUAUCCCAAGAUACUGUAUGAUAUCCUAAGAUACUGUAUGAUAUCCUAAGAUACUGUAUGAUAUCCUAAGAUACUGCAUGAUAUCCUAAGAUACUGUAUGAUAUACUAAGAAACUGUAUGAUAUUCCAAGAUACUGUAUGAUAUCCUAAGAUACUGCAUGAUAUCCUAAGAUACUGUAUUAUAUCCUCAGAUACAGUAUGAUAUACUAAGAAACUGUAUGAUAUCCCAAGAUACUGUAUGAUAUCCUAAGAUACUAUAUGAUAUCCUAAGACACUGUAGAUAUCCUAAGAUACUGUAUGAUAUCCUAAGAUACUGUAUGAUAUCCUAAGUUACUGUAUGAUAUCCUAAGAUACUGUAUGAUAUCCUAAGAUACUGUCAAGCAGUCAAGCAGUCAAGCAGUCAACGUCAAGCAGUCAAGCAGUCAAGACGUGUCUGAAAUAGCUCCCAUGUCUCUGUAAAAAGGAUUACUUGGCAGAGGCCUUUUACUGAUAAGAAUUUUACAGAGUCAUAUAUGCUUACUUAUUACGGCAAGUAAUUUAUCAGAAUGCCAGAAACAGGUCAAAAAAACGUUCAAACAAGAAGUCAAGCGAGGGCACCACCCAACUUCGAAGGCGACGACAUGAAGGAAUAUAUUAAAUCAGAAGUUGAAAAAUAUUUUGGUUCAGUGGCGUUUCAGGAUUCGCUACGCGAAUUUAUUACCGAUUCAGUAAAAAUGGCGUGUAAAAAUCUUGUCGAAAGUAUAGUUGUGCCAAUUAAAGAUGAAAUCCAAGCCUUGAAAACAGAACUUAUCGAAGUUAAGCGAAAAUGCAACGACAAUGAGCAAUAUUCGAGGCGUUCAAGCGUUAGAAUUUAUGGCAUUCCCGAGGGGCCCAAAGAAAAUUGCAUAAAGAAAGUGUGUGAUUUCUUUCAGAAAGAAAUGGAUUUGGCGUUUGCAGAAGAAGAUAUUGAUAGAACCCAUCGUGUAGGCAAGAAAAAUCGAGAUGGAAACCGCGCCAUGAUUGUAAAGUUCAAAGCUUAUGACAGCAAAAGGUCCGUCAUGAAAGUAAAAAAAGCUAGAUUAAGUAACAAAACCUUUUCUGUCUACGAGGACCUCACGUUCUUAAAUCGAAAACUUUUGUAUCUGGCAAGAAACGAGUACAAGGAAACUCCUGUGUGGACGAUAGACGGUAGGGUCCUUGUAAAUAUGGAUGGUCGUGUUCAACCUUAUGUCCCAACGGUUAACAUUUAUACUUGGUUACAAUCACCUAGUUCAUGAAUUUGAUAAUACCUAAUUGACUCGUGUGUUAAUUUGAAAAUACUUUUAGGCCCUGUCUCUCUUUUUUGUUGUAUCCUAACUGCUUUUCAGUCAGUUUGUAUACGAUUGUAGUGGUAACUGCAUUUCAGUCAGUUGCAUACUUAAAUUUACUUGAGCAACAGCGGUUGUUUAUUUCUCACUAAAAUUUUUUGCUGAUAACAAUGGGAAUUUGUUUGGAAAUUUACAGAGCAGCGAUUGGUCUAUUUAAUAGUCGUUCAGAAACUUUUCGUUCGCGUAUCGCAUUUACAUUCCUUUUAACAUCAAUUUUCUCUGGCUCAUUGCAUAUCAUAGCUUUAUUAAGUAUUUUUUACUUAAUGUGUCCUGACAUAGAAUCAAAUCCAGGACCAAAUCGCAAGUGCCCUUUAUUGGUCGGGCAUUUAAAUGCACGUAGUCUAAAUAUAACCCACAAGUUCGACGAGAUCGCUUCAAUUAUCUUAGACCAAAAAUAUCACAUUUUUGCCAUUUCUGAAACAUGGUUGAAUGAAUCGAUUUCUAGCGAUAAUUUAGCUAUUCCUGGUUAUUACCCCUUAAUUCGUUUAGAUAGGCGUGAUGGGAGACGAUAUGGGGGUGUUGCCUUUUAUGUUUCUUCCGGAUUGACAAUUAAAAGAAGAAAUGAUUUAGAAGUUAAUGAACUGGAAAUUCUAUGGAUAGAAACUAAAAUCAAUUCUUUUAAUAUUAUUUGCGGGGUAUGUUAUAGACCACCUUCCAAUCUUUCUGGAGAGUAUCUUGAUUUCUUAGCAAAUUUACAAUAUAGUGUUGACAAAGCCUCCACUGAUUCAAAUUCCUUACUUAUUCUUUUGGGGGACUUUAAUGCUAAUUAUGACCCUUUUAAUCCUUUACAAGGCAGUGAUUUUGGUGUGAUGUUUUAUCGCUGGAUGGAGUCUAGUAAUUUACAUCAAGUUAUUAAUGAGCCAACCCGUAUUACACGGUCUGGUGAAGCUAUGAUAGAUUUUAUUGUAACUAACUGUCCUGGAUUAUUCGUUGCUACUGGAACACUAAGUCCUCCGGCUAAUUGCGACCAUUCAAUCAUUUACGGUAAACUAAAUAUAUUUUUGCCUAAACCUAAGUGUUAUAAACGUUUAAUCUGGCUCUUUGAUAAUGUGAAUGUACAUGAUCUCUGCACUGGUUUGGAAAAUGUCCCUUGGGAUUCUAUUGUGUUUGAUAAAUCAGAUUUGAACGAAAUCUACAAUUCUUGGUAUGCCUGCUUCCGCUCGGUUGUUGAGACCAAUAUUACUAAUAAACUUGUGAUCAUUCGACCUCGUGAUAAACCGUGGAUGAACAAUUUUAUUAGGUCAGCUAUUCGAAAACGGAAUAGACUGUUAAGAGUCUAUAAUAGAAAAAAGUCAACAGUACUAUGGCAAAAAUAUCGUCAGCAGCGAAAUUUCACUACAACUUUAAUUAGGAAUAAUAAAGCUAGGUAUUUUGAAAAAGUUAACAAUCAAUUGGAUGAUCCUUUGACAGGCCCUAAAAAAUGGUGGACUGUAGUUAAGACCUUAUAUGGUGGAAAGGUGCAAGUAGCAGUUCCCACUCUUAUAGACGGUUUAAGAGAGGUCACCGAUCCGAAGGCAAAAGCUGAAAUUUUAAACGAUUAUUUCUGUUCUCAGUGCAAUGUAGAUGACCAAAAUACAGUUGUUCCAAACGAUAUUAUUUACUUCCAAACCUGUGCGGAACUAUCUUACAUUCAAACAACAGAAAGAGAAGUUUACGACCUUCUUGUCGCACUUGAUAUUUCAAAGGCCUGUGGUCCAGAUGGUAUUAGUAAUAAAAUCAUUAAAUUAUGUGCGGGUGGGCUUUACGGACCCCUGACAACAUUAAUUAAUGCAUCUUUGGAUGCUGGAGUCUUUCCGGAAGAGUGGAAAAUUGCAAAUGUGGUGCCACUGUUUAAAAAAGAUGAUCGCCAGUCAAAGCUAAACUAUCGUCCAAUUUCUCUUUUGAACUCUCUUUCUAAAAUCAUGGAAAAAAUAGUUUAUAAAAAUCUUUACAAUUUUCUCUUAGCUAUUGGUUAUCUCAAUGAUCUCCAGUCAGGGUUUCGCCCAGGUGAUUCUACGGUUAACCAGUUAACUUAUUUAGUUCAUAAAAUUUAUCUUGCCCUUGAAAAUGGACAUGAGGUCCGUAUGGUCUUUUUGGACAUAAGCAAGGCUUUUGAUAAAGUUUGGCAUAAAGGCCUUUUAUAUAAAUUGAAAUGUUUAGGAAUAAAAGGGUCUUUGCUAUCAUGGUUUCACAGCUAUCUUUCUGGUAGAAAACAGAGAGUAGUUAUUGAAGGGCAAUCGUCUGGCUGGGGUGAUCUUGAGGCAGGGGUACCACAAGGUUCUGUUCUUGGACCCUUACUUUUCUUAAUUUAUAUUAAUGAUAUCACUGAAAAUAUUCAGUCUGAGGGUUUGUUAUUUGCAGAUGACACUUCUCUAUGUGAAGUUGUCGAGACCCCAGAAAUAACUUCAGUUAAAUUAAAUAGCGAUUUAGACAGCAUUAGUAUUUGGGCAGAUAAAUGGUUAAUGAAUAUCAAUUCUACCAAAACAAAAAGCAUAACAUUUUCGGCAAAGCGAGACAACUUGCAACAUCCUGACUUAUUUUAUCGUAACAAUAUUAUUGAGCAAGUUAGUUCCCAUACCCAUUUAGGUGUAACCCUGACGUCAAAUCUCUCUUGGAGACCACAUAUUUUAAAUAUCUAUCAGAAAGCUAGCAAGAGAGUAAACUUAUUGAAGGGGAUCAGAUUUAAGGUUCACAGGUCAACAUUAUUCAAGCUUUACAAAUCUAUGAUUAGACCUACUAUGGAGUAUGCGGAUAUUGUGUGGGAUGCAUGCUCUGAUGCAGAAGCAGAGCUCGUCGAACUUGUUCAGUAUGAAGCGAGUAAGGUGGUGACUGGCGCAUUCAAAGGGUCAAGUAGAGUGCGCCUUCGUAAUGAAUUGGGAUUGGAAGAAAUGAAAACUCGGCGAUUAAUUCGUAAACUGACAAUGUAUUAUAAAAUAGUUAAUAAUUUUACUCCAGCCUAUCUUAAAAAUGUGUUAUCUCCGAGAGUAUGCGAAAGAACAAGCCAUAAUUUAAGAAAUUCACAAAACUUUUCUUUAUUCUCAACCCGUACCGAACGUUUUAAAAAAUCUUUUUUCCCAUCUACCACUAGACUCUGGAAUGAUCUUGAUCAUUCCAUUAGAACAGCACAAGGUGUAGGCACUUUUAAAAAUGAAUUGAAAAAAUACUUUAAUUUACAACAACAUCCUAAGUACUUCGAUUAUUCGUUGGACAGAUUUACAUCAAUAUUACACACCCGUAUUCGUUUAGGUGCUUCGGCACUUAAUACUUACCUGAACAAAAUUGGGGUAAAAUUUUCUCCAGCAUGUUCUUGCGGUCACGCGAACGAAGAUGCGAUUCAUUUCUUCCUCCAUUGCAUUAAGUAUGAUUUUUAUAGAAACAAUCUUUUGGCCUCUGUUGCUCAACUAUUUCCGAGUAGAUGGUGCCUUCUCUCAGACAAUCAAAAAGUUGAUUUGUUCCUAUUUGGUUCAGAUGUGUUAACUGAAGAUGAAAACUGUUUUAUAUUUUACAAUGUUCAACUUUUUAUUCGAAACACAAGAAGAUUUAAUCUGGGUUGAGAAGGCUACCACCUUAUCUUACUUUACUUUAAUAUAUGUGACGUUUGUAAAAUAUGUGUGAAAAUUAUUUUGUAAAAAUGUAAUGUGCGUGAGCUCUCUUGAUGAGCAUUAAUGCUCUUAGAGCAAACGCAAAAAUAAUUUAAAUAUAUUGUUUAUACAAAAAAAAAGAAUACAUUCUCUGCUAGUGGUUGAUUUACUGCAACCAUCACUCGGACUGAAGCCUUUUCUUCUUCUUUGGCUUCCGAGGUCACCACGGGGACCACUUCCGGUGGCCAUCUUGCUUGGUCGCUCAGCCAUUCGGGUCCAUGUUGCCAUAAUACGUUAUUGGUAACAUUUCCUCCGCAACUUCCCAGGUCGGCAGGAUUCUCGUUUGUUGGAACAUGGUGCCAUUUAAUUCGCUCGUUCUCUCGGAUCUUCUGCACUCGGUUGGAUACAAAUUGCCGAUAUUCGCCCUGGCCAUUUAUCCAGUACAGAGCGACUGUGGAAUCUAGCCAACAGUGGACUGACGUGAUCUUCUCGCUACCAAUCGCUCGCUCGACGUUUGUCACAAGGUUUGAGGCCAUAUGACCAGCUACGAGUUCUAACCGUGCAAUUGAUAGAUUUUUCUUCGCAAUCCGAGACUUCGAACACACAAUACCCUGCGUAGUCGCACUCUCUUGCUUAGCUACUGCGUAUACAACUGCCGACACACCGUCCUUGCUCGCAUCACCGAAACCAUGGAGGCAUAUUGAUUGUACUGGCUCUUGGUAAGGGGUUAACGUUCGAGGGACUGUGUAGUGAUCAGGUAACCGCUCGUACCAUUCUGCCCACCGCUUCUUCAAGGGAUCAUGUAAUUCUUGGUCCCAACCGAAAUGUUCUUCGCACAUUCCACGAUAGACUAGUUUCCCAUGUAGGGUUGUCGGGGAAACUAAGCCAAGUGGGUCGUAAACACUUGCCAGUUGUAAUAGGGCUCCUCUCUUGGUGGUCGUUGCGCUUCGUUCUUUGUCCACCACGACACUCAACGUAUCCUUUUGCCUGUUCCAAGACAUACCAAGAAUCUUCGAUUCAGCUCCGUGCGUUCCAAACUGUUUUUUUGCGAAUGUUGGUACAUCUGUCUUAUCAGCUUGGUCGUUCUGGGGUAUAUCUUCCAGUUCGGCUACGUUGGAAUGCCACUUAUGCAGGUUGAAAGUCGCGUCUUGAAAGAUCUCAGUCGUCUUCAACUUCUUCUCGGUUACUUCUUCAAUGCUCUCACCCCCUGUCAUAACAUCGUCGACGUACAAGCCCUUCUUAAUCUCAUCCACCAGGGCUGGAUAUUUUGUCUCCCAUGCUGUCAGGUGUUCAUUCAACACUCCUCCAAGGAGGAAAGGGGAACAGGUUAGACCGAACAACGCUCUCGUGAAUCUGUACACGACUACUUCGUCACUUCCUGGAGCUUUCCAAUGGAAUCGGAGCGAAUCACGUUCAGCUUCCCGUAUUCUCACUUGAAAGAAGGCUUUUUCCAGGUCACCUGUCAGCAGUAUCGGAUGGAAACGCGAACGAAUGAGAACGUCCCACAGAUGGUUCUGAAGCGACGGUCCUGGAUUUAAACAAUCAUUCAGGGAGGGAUCAGAGACUGUCUCUUUAGCUGAAGCAUCAUAAACGAUGCGUAACUUCGUCGUCUCGGCGGUUUCUUUCACGACAGGCUUGUGGGGGACAUAAAACUCUUUCCCGGUUGCUGUGAGAGGCGCUGGCUCGACGAUCCCCUUCUCUAAUUGAUCCUGGAUAAUGCUGUUGUAUUCUUCGUACAUUUCCUUACGCUCGAGACGCUUCACUAGAUUCUUUAGUCUUCGUUGGCUUCCUUGCUCGUUCGAUGGGAGCUUUGGAUGGUUCGAUUUCCACGGUAGGCUGGUUUCGUACCAGCCCUCUUCAUUGCGAGAGAGGGUUUCUUUAAACUCGUCAUAGACUGGUCGGGGGUCCUUCUCAGAAGUAUCUUCGAGCCCGAGAACAUCUAGUCGACACAACCGCUCGAAGUCAGCCUGCGAGGUCGUGGUUAGUAGCAUGGUACUUUGGUCAAAUUCGACCCCAGGACUCAUUAUGACCCAUCCAAACUUCGUUUGUUCCGCUAUUGGCUCCCCUUCCUUCCCCACGAGAGGCUUGGUUCUUGUUCUGAUUCGCGCAUACUCUCCAAUCCCUAGCACAAGAUGUAUGGGAAGGUCGCUCUUCGUGUCACAUUCGUCCAUCUUGACUGAGUUUAAGUGUUUAUAUUCUCUUACUAUUUUUUCAUAAUUUGGAUUGCUUGUCGUUAAAAGUUCGCUUCUAUCUACUUUAUUUAAUUUCGCUUUAAUUUCAUGCAUACCGUCUAACGAACUAAUUGUCACGUCAUAAAUUUCAAUUUUCUUCAUCUGCGACGUCAUCAACAUGUCUAUGCGUUGGCUUUUUAUCUCACUGGGUUUUGCUUCUAAUGCGUUUAUAAGUUUCGCAGACGCGUAUGAACUCCCGGCGCCGGAGUCAAUGAGCGCUCGACACAUUACCCCAUUAACUUUGACAAGUACAACUGGAAAUAUUCCCUCAGCACAUGCUCCAUCAGUCAUCACCUUUUUACCACCGGAGGGGUUUUUAUCUCUGGCCUUCAUCUUGAACAGAUCUGUCAUCACGUUUAUUAUUGUACUGUUCGCAAAUUGAUGUAUGAUGACGUCUAUUGCAGUGUCCGCAGGAGGUCUUACUAUUGCAAUCGGAGGCGCGAUGAAAUUUUGUGGCGCAGUUAAAGCACAACCCUUUUUUCGCCAAAAUUUGUUUGCGCUCAUUCGGAUUUACAACUUUCUGACAUCUUACAGCCUUAUGGUUAGGAUCUUCGCAAUAAACACAACCCGAAAGUUUUUGUUCGUCUCGUUUGGCGUGAAACAAUUUCCUUCGAUUUUCAUCGUGUCGCAAAUCACUACCGGUAGUUACUGGGUUGCGCUUCACCCACUGGCGCAAUGCCUCGGCCAGUUUACUAAAAUCCCACGACUCCCAUUCAGGAUCAGUUCGAACUAAAUCACCCCUAAUCCCUGCCAAUUUGUCUAAUGUCAUCGAAACAUUUCCGUUGAUUUGGUCAAGUUGUUUGAGAGUCUCUAGUGCUCUCACGCAAUACGUUAAUUUCUCGCUGAAUUCAGCAAUUCUUCGGGCGUUGCUAUUCGGAAUUUGGGGUAAAUCGAGAAUUUCCUUUACGUAACAUUUCACUAUCUCAGAUUCCUUCCCAUAUUUAUCUUGAAGGAUUGCUUUGGCUCUGUUAUAGCCCUCGGGGGAAAAGGGAAGGGAUUCCACACAUAUUUUGACUUUUGGACUCAACAGUUCUAACAAAUACGUGAACUUUGUUAUAGGCGCAAUAGAACUUUUGUCGAUACCUUCAAACUUUGAGAUUACCAGUUUAGGCAAUUUUGCGCUUGGACUAGAAAAUUCCUGUUUUUCCGGUUUUGAUUUGGCGCUGUUCACAAGCUCGGAUUGCAUGCGUAAUUUUUCUUCAUGCAAUUUUAAUUCAUUCUUAAACAGCUCCUCUUGGGCUACAGCCUUAGUUUGGCGUUCAUUUUCCGCCAGCCAAUCACUAAAACGUGCAAUUUGAAAAUCAGCUUCUUCAAAUUUCGACUCAAUAUUGUCAUUCCAAUUAGCGAUUUCAUCCAUGUUUGUUUUGCUCGCAAUUUUCUGUUCUUCAACCAAGCGUUUGCAUUGGUUAGAUGUUAGAUGUUAACUGUUCACUGAUUGUAGCGUUUCGAGGUGCCGUUUAAUAGUUUCACGCUUACCUGUUGCCAAGAUUUUUUCUGACCUUUGUACCGCUAAGUUCAGCUGCGUCAAUUUAGUCUCUAGUUCCAUUUCUUUCGGAUCCAUCUCAAUCUUUUCCGCCGUCUCCGUCUCUGGCAUAUCGUUAUCCGUCUUUAAAGUUCACAAUCCCGUCGGAGGUGCCACUAUGUCGAGAAUUCGCCUCCGCUUUAACGUAGUUCCCGACAAGUCACGAAAUCACAAAUGUUUUAAUAAUAUAUUAUAUUUAACCCAACAGUAACAAUAAAUCAAUUAAUAGAAUAGUGUAGAAUGUUCUCCCUUGUGUCCCAGUUAACGUAAUGUUCCCAAUAUAUAUAUAUAGCUAUAUGUUCGCUGUUUGUCUAUCGAUUAGACCUUCUCACAAUCGCUCACAGUCACAGUCACAAUUCUCUCUCGAAUAUCUCGCUCCUUGUGACUCACUCGUUUUUUGCACACUCACUCGACCCAUUCUCCUCUAAUCUCUCUCGACUUCGUGCGUCAUGCAUGUCAACAUAUUAAUUAGAUCUAUAAUUAUCAGUCAGUUCCGACAGAACCUUUUCGGAAAGUUAUUAGCUAGUGAUAAAAAUAUAGGAUUGGCAAAUUGCUGACGCAUCGAUAUUUCUUAAUUUAUAAGUACAACAAAUAGAGAUGCUUUUAAUAUAAACAUAGUUAUAUUUUUAGAUCUAUACGCUUUCAAACCAACCGCUUUAAUAACAAUGAAAUAGAAACCAAACUGCAAGAGCGUGGAAGCUUCACAAUUAUUUACUGAUUCUCUAUUGCGAUCGCAAUGAUUCGGUCACGCAAUAUUUAUACACAUAUUUCGCGCUAUCAUGAGUGUAGACUGUGUAGAAGUUACACGUAUAAACAUCGAUACGCUUGUUGACGGAUCGAUAUUUAUUAUACAGGGUGUAUCAAAAUAAACGCAAUUCAUCUUUUGUGCUUAAUAACUUUCGAAAUACUAUAUCUUGUUAAACGCUUUUAGGCUUACUUCAAAGCCUGUUGUUUUCUCUUUCAAACAAACUAUUAUCCUUGUCUCCAAUGCUAGUAAUAAUUGCACAGGAAAAGAUUUAGUAAAACCUAUCAUUUUAGUUGCUGUUUAAUUAUGCAAGUUUACUAUAUUAUUGUUUAGUCGGUUUAAAUGUUAGAAUUUUCUUCUUUAAACUUUAAUGUUGUCGUCACUACAUCUGGAAAACCACGUAAGAACAAAUUAAAAGUAUUUUAAAAGAGACCAGGUUGUUUGAAAAUCCUAAACGAAUGCUAAAAGUCGUCAAAACAUUCUGGUGUCUGAGCCAGAUUGUCAUCAAAUUGCGAUGUAAUGUAAACAGAAAUUAUAGCAAGUUGAUGUCAGUCAGCUUAGAUGGUCCAAGCCAAAAUUAUAUCGCAUUUGAAGUUUCAAACUGAGUUAAAAAUAGUUGAAGAAAAACCGUAAUUAUACUUAUUGUUACAAUCCAUUUAAUAAAAUGUAACAUUUUUUUGUUUUAAUGAAAAAAUCAGUUAUUUUCAUGGAAAGAUUUGUUAUUCCAUCUCAAUUUUUUUAAUCUCCAAUCGCAAUAACGUAAAGUGUUAUUACCCGCGAACCAAUGAGUCAAAUUUAAGAAACAACCCACUGUUAGAAAGCUGAAUAGCUACGCUUUAAAAUGAAUGUAAACUUUAACGUUUUCGUCUAUUAUUUGUUUAUCAAUUUACAUUUCAGUCGAGGAUUGCGUUUUUUUUUAUACACCCUGUAUAGUAAGUAGAAAUAGCUUACAGUUAUAACUUUAGAAAAUUAUAAACAUAUUUCGCGCGUCCUCGAGUUCUGUUAACUUUCAUUCCCAGUUUUUUCUAAAUACUGCUCGACUCACAGGUUUAUGACCGGUUUACAUCCGGAGGAGCACAGCCGUUUAGCCAAUCGAAUGGCGUAUCGACCUGUUUACUCUCACUGAGAAAACUCUGACCACCGGUUUACUCAUAAUUGCGGGCGGUUAUGUGUGAUUCAUGCGAUGUUUCAGUCCACGACCCACGACGAUAUAUUAGCAGAUUAUUUGUCUAGUAUUACAACAUUUCGUAAGAGGAGACCAACGCGAUAAGUCCUUAAUUAAUUAAAUGCUUAUUAUGUAAGUGGGUCUAAAUACGCUCGGUAAUCCAGAAUCAAAUUUCAAUAUCAGUAUUUAAAUGUCGUAAUACAUUAGACAACAUCAAGUUUAUGAAACAGAAUAUUCUUUAAAUUAGUUAUAUAUGUACAUGGAAGGUUAUAGAUUUUCUUUCUUUGGAAAAUCUGACAGGUUUAUAUAAACCUGUCAAACCUGUCUGAAUCCGCCCCUGACGUCGGUGCUGUUGAACAAUUGGAGUGACAGUUUCAUCCACAUGGAUGUGGAGUGAUGCACCUUUCAAUUUUCCAAUUUCUGUAAAAAUGUCAGAAUAUUCUUCCAUUAAUUGGUUAUACUCAAUAGUGGUUUCUUGUUCUGUAGAAACAGAGUUGACUGGUUGAGGAAUUUUCAUGAGUCCCAGCCGGCUUGUGUAGUGGUGUAGGAGAGAAGAGACUGGUGGUUUGCAUUCACAACAUAAAAAUUGCACAUUUGCUGACUUGCCCUCAAAUGCAACAAAUGUGUUCAGUUUUCCCAGUGGUAGAAUAGGUUGUUUAGAACCAUAAGGAUAUAUGUCAGUGCUCUGCAAGUUAGGAAUGUCUUUCAGUGCAAGCUUUUCAUAGUGAUGUCGGACCAAUACAUUUACUGAGGCUCCAGAAUCGAUAAGGAAUGGUAUAGAUAACGAAUAAAUUCGCAGCUGCACUUCAGGUCAAUUACAGGUGAUCAUACUGAUGAUCAAGGGAAGAACUAUCUGCAUCUUUGAGCUCAGUUUCGGUUGAGUUGAUGGUUCCUCGUUGGGAAGGUGAGACAUCAAUGUUUCCCUCCGAUCUGCACGUCUUAGAGAAGUGGUUUUGCUUCCCAGAACCACG